CAUCUCUUUCCCUGUCAUCAUACAAACCUAAAACUAAAACUCUUUCCUUUUCUUCAAAAUAAACAAUGACGAUCAAGGACAAGAGAUCCUCUUCUUACUCUUGCAAAAUUCUAACCAUCUUCUCUCUCAUUCUCCUCUUUCCCAUCUUUAUCUCUGCGUCAAACUCCAAAUGCAACUGUCAAACACAUGAACCUCAUCAAGAAGACCAUAAACCCAUAUCAGAAGUACUAACAUACAAACUUAUUUCAAUAGCUUCAAUUCUAUCUGCAAGUGCAUUUGGAGUUUCUCUUCCAUUCUUGGUAAAAAACAUAUCAUUUUUAAAUCCACAAGGACAAAUCUUCACUCUUAUAAAGUCUUUUGCAGCUGGUGUGAUUUUAGCAACUGGUUUUAUUCAUAUACUUCCUGAUGCUACUGAAAGUCUUACAAGUCCUUGUCUUGAAGAAACUCCAUGGAGAAAAUUUCCAUUCACGGGUUUUGUUUCCAUGUUAUCUGCCAUAGGGACUCUAAUGAUGGAGUCUUUGGCCACAGGGUAUCAUAAAAGGUCUGAGUUGAGGAAAGCUCUUCCAAUCAGUGGUGAUGAUCAUCUUGAUCAUGAUCAUAAUGGUGGUAAUGCCAGCGGGAGUGGUCAUCUUCAUGGAUCUAGUUUUGCUUUGCAGAGAACAAAUGCGUCAGAACUUAAACGACAUCGUAUCGUUUCUCAGGUACUAGAAAUGGGAAUUGUGGUUCAUUCUGUAAUAAUUGGGUUAUCUUUGGGUGUUUCGACAAAUUCAGAAACAAUAAAACCUUUAGUAGCAGCAUUGAGCUUUCAUCAAUUUUUUGAAGGAAUAGGACUUGGUCAAUGCAUUUCUCAGGCCAAAUUUAAAUCCAAAGCUGUAGCCACUAUGGUUAUAUUCUUUUCUCUAACAACUCCAAGUGGAAUAGCAAUUGGAAUAGGAAUAUCAAAAGUGUAUAAUGAAAGCAGCCCAACUGCCCUAAUUGUUGAAGGACUUCUUAACUCAGCAUCUUCUGGAAUCUUGAUUUAUAUGGCACUUGUUGAUCUCCUUGCUUCUGACUUCUUGAAUUCUAAAAUGCUAACCAAUUUUAGGCUUCAACUUGGGGCAAGCCUUACUCUUCUUCUAGGAGCAGGAAGCAUGUCACUCUUGGCCAAAUGGGAAGACCAUUAGUUCUUUUUUUUUUUUUUUUUUUUUUUUUUUUUUUUUUUUUUUUU